UGAUGAACUUAGCUGAAUUUCUGAUGCUAAUAUAUUAUUUUUAUUUUACGACAAAUAUUAACAAUCGAUUGAAUCGAAAUACCGGAAAUUGUUCCUAUGCGGAUGAGGUGCCACUUUCGUAUAUUUGCUCGGGUGUCGUUACCGAAGACAUUAUGAUACGGUGGCAUGAUCUCAGGACGAGUGUUGGCAGUACCUAUAUGCUCUGGGGCUCCUCUGGUGGAGACAAGUCGAUUUUAUUGGUGUCUUUCGGAAGUUCAUUGUUGAUUCAUUACAAAACGAUAAAGAUCAAAUCGAUAACAUUUCAGAUAACGGGUGAAACAAAUGACAGGAAUUUCAGUGUGAUCUUAAGUGAAUCGAAAACACAUUGCUUUAAAAUAGGAUUACGCUACUUGAGCAAUCUGAAAAGAAAUUGUCUAAAGGAGAACUACAAUGAGGACGAUAUUGUUGACUAUCCAAUUAUACAUUAUGGGCUCAAAAAUGGACGUCGAAAUUUAAUUGCAUCCUCAAGAAAAAUUAUGGUCAUUUUGUUGCUAACGUUGUUCGUAUUUUAAUACUCAUAGUGUAAUAUAAAUUUAAAGAUAAUUAUUA